AUUUCAAACCGGAAGUGACAACGUCACAUCCUCUCUUGCAACAUGGCGACGACGCAACGUGGACAGCAAGCCAAGUUGACUAAGAAGCAAAAGAUCGAAAAUGCCGUGAAGACGUUUGUUGCGGCUUUCGACUCCAGCGAGGACGAGGGGCCGGAGGAAAUUACCUUUGAGGACGCCAAGGCCGAGGCGCUGCAGAGCGUCGAACAGGCGCUGCAAAGCGCUAGAAGGGAGAAGGAUCUACUGAAGGAGAAGAGAAAGAAGAGGCAGGAACUGUUUCAGGAGCAGAAGAAGAGAAAACUUUUGUCUGAUGAAGUUUUGGAGGAGAUCGAUUCUUCACAAAAGAGCCACUCUGAAGAAGUCCAAGAUGCGUCUGUCACCUCUCAAGAUGAAGAGUUGCACAUCGACAAAGUACAAAAACUGGAGAACUCUCGGAAGCUGAUUGGAAACUACAAGGUGACUGUCAAGCCUAGUGAGUUGGCGGCCUCCCAGCAGAAAAUGGCUGAAGACUUCAUCCAGUCGCGACUGUAUGGACCAGGGAGUCUCCGCACCACAAGCAACCAGCUGCUGUCACUUAACAAUAAGAGAGGCAUAAACAAAAGCGCGGCCGUUGAGUUUACCAAGAAAAAUUGGGCUGAAAAGAGAAAAACCAAAGCCGAGAUGAAGAAGAUGAGGUGGCGCCACAAGCACAUUCCCUCCAGCUGAUUGGCCCCCUGGCUCUUGUGGACACAAAUAUGGACGCUAACGUGACAGGCGGUGUUCAGACUUGAUUGUACAUCACGGGCUUGACUUCUGGACUGAGACUGAAUAUCCCGCACAGGCAGUGAGCAGAAGCCAAUCAAAGCCUUUGCGUUACCUUAGCAACCAGAGCCUGAAAUGUAUGAGAGAGAGUUUCUUCUGGCCAUUGGGUCAUUUUUACCUGUUUUCACCUUGUCCACCCUUUAAAUCAGUUCAAAUAUUGACAGGUUAUUAAUUUUAACUCAAAUGUUUUUUGAGAGACCCACAGAGAAAAGCAUAAUUUGUCAUCUUUAAUAAAAAAAUCUUGUCACCCUCACACAAA